UCCUCUUCUCCCGGAUGACCGGCGCCGCUGCCUACCGCGUCGACACCACGUCGCGCCUCGCUCAGUGGCGGAUUGACGAUUUGGCCGCCGCCUCCUACAGGAAAUCAGACCCUUUCAAGAUUGGCCUCUGGAAUUGGCAUUUAUCUGUGGAGAAGAGCCGGACGCUGAUCAUUAGAUUGUAUCCUGAGGCAUCAACUUUAACCAAAGAAAAUCCCCCAAUUGCAUCUUUUAUGAUCAAAGUCAUCAGCUUUGCAGCAGGGGAUCGUAGGUGUUUUGUUCAUCCAGAUGUUAUUGAUAAGCAGCUCAAAAGCAGUGAGGACUUUGUAUGGACAAUUGAGGUUCCUCUGACUGGCAAAUUCAUCGUCGACAUUGAGUUUCUUGACAUCAAAACUGCUCCUCCGGAUGGGGGAGAGCCUUGCUCGAUUUGGAGUGGAGGGCUCACAUGUAGCCAGUCUAAUCAUAUGGCUAUUGCAUUACUUGGUCGAAUGCUGUCUGAGGGCAUUCAGACCGAUGUAACGAUCAAUGCAUCUGACGGCAGCAUCUCAGCACACCGGGCCAUUCUUGCAUCCAGGUCUCCUAUCAUCCGCAGCAUGUUCCUGCACGACCACAAGGGGAAGGAAACAGCUGCCAUAGAUGUUUCCGACAUGUCAAUUGAAGCAUGUAGAGCUUUACUGAACUACAUGUAUGGAAAUGUGAAGAAGGAGGAGUUCUUGCCCCACAGGCUGUCCCUUCUUCACGCAGCUGAUAAGUACGAGAUUUCAGACCUGAAGGAUGCCUGCCACGAGAGCCUGCUGGAGGAUAUCGACACGACAAAUGUGCUGGAGAGGCUCCAGAAUGCCAGUGUGUAUCAUCUGCCAAAACUGAAGAGCAGUUGCCUGCUAUAUCUUGUGAAGUUCGGCAAGAUCUAUGAUAUCCGAGAUGAGUUCAGAGCAUUUCUGCAAUGCGCAGAUAGAGAACUCAUAGCUGAGAUAUUCGACCAAGUUCUUGGUGCCUGGAAGGGGUUCUGAAAUUCUAUGUCAAGGAUGGUUAUUCUUUGGUUCAAUUUGCAAUUGUUUGUUGGCUAGUAAAUGUUACUAUCAUUAAAGGUAUUGAUUUAAUGUAAACUGAACAUAUCAGCAAACUCCAAUGUGUAUAAGCUGGUGUGAUGAAUGUAAAAUGAGAAUAUGAUUGGAAUCAAUAGAACUGAUGUUUGCUA